ACAGCAGGCAGAGAGAAGAGCAGAAUUGAAGUGUCUACCAACCUCUCUAAACAGGCAAAAUGAAAAUAAUUUUCUUCAUAUUUGCAGUAGGCCAGAUCCUCUACUAUUCUGAUUCUGAGACUCCAUGUGAUCAGUCUGACAAUUCACUAGCACCUCAUGCAGUAAAUGCUACAAUUACAAAAGUGAAUCAAUUGUUCGCAAUGAAUAACCUCCUUCGUAUUGUGAGCUGUCAAGAAAUAACUGCCACUGAUAAAGGAGAAGGUAAAGUGGAUUUCAAUAUAGUCUUUAAUGUCCAGGAAACUGUGUGUGCCGUAAAUUCUGGAUUGGAUCCAGCAAGUUGCUCAUUGAUACCUCCCCCGGAUGCU